UACAAUUGGGAUCUGCCUGCAGUCGAUGGUCUCAACAAUGAUCAUGAGCAGCUGUCUUAACAUAAUGACAAGCUGGUGCAUUCUUUUGAAGCAAAUGCCAAAGGGUCAAAUCACAUUCAUGUUUGGAACAAAACAAGGUUGUCUUGUGGUUGUUUUGUUGUGUACUUUUCUUGCGAGUGGUUUGGUUGUGGCUGAUGUUAGUGGGGUUGAGGAUGACAAGCACGUAGUUGGUCCCCCACAUUUGUAUAAGAAAGGAGGUCUACAUCAUGGGACUUAUAACAGAGGGUUUAAACAUGGAUGGUUUGGUAAGGGUGGUGACCUUAGUCAUGGUGGCAGUGGUCUAGGAGGUGGAAGUGGUCUAGGAGGUGGUGGUGGAGGUACGGGUGGUGGCUUAGGUGGUGGUGUUGGUGGGGGCAUUGGUAGAGGAGCUGCUGGUGGUGGACCUGGUGAUGGAUCUGGGGCAGGGGGUGGGAUUGGUCGUGGAGCUGGUGAUGGAUCUGGAGUAGGUGGCGGGAUUGGUGGUGGAGCUGGUGGAGGAGGUUUAGGUGGAGGCAUAGGUGGUGGUGGAUCUCGGGCAGGUGGAAGCCAUGGUAGUGGUGGUGGUGGUGGUGGACCUGGGCUAGGUGGUGGAGCAAGUGGAGGAGGUUUAGGAGGUGGUGUAGGUGGGGGCGGAUCUCGGGCAAGUGGAGGGCAUGGUGGUGGUGGUGGUGGACCUGGGCUAGGUGGUGGAGCAAGUGGAGGAGGUUUAGGAGGUGGUGUAGGUGGGGGCGGAUCUCGGGCAGAUGGAGGACAUGGUGGUGGUGGUGGUGCAGGUGCCAGAAAUGGGUAUGGAGCCAGUGGAGGGUUUGGUGGUGGUGGUGGUGCAGGUGCCAGAAAUGGGUAUGGUGCCAGUGGAGGGUUUGGUGGUGGAGGUGGAGGCUCUAGGGGUGGGCGUGGUAGUGCACACUAG